AUGGUCAGCGGCGCUUUGCAGCUAGCCGGGCUGAUAGUCGGUGGCAUCGGCGCCGUUGGGACUUUUGCUGUCACGGGCAUGCCUCAGUGGCGGGUGUCCGCCUUCAUCGAGAACAACAUCAUCGUGUUUGAGAGCAUUUGCGAGGGCCUGUGGAUGCACUGCAUCCGGCAAGCCAACAUCAGGAUGCAGUGCAAGGUCUACGACUCCCCGCUGGCGCUCUCGCCUGACCUGCAGGCCUCCCGGGGGCUGAUGUGUGCCGCCGCCGUGCUGUCCUUCCUCGCUUUUGCCCUGGCCGCCACGGGCAUGAAGUGCAUGCGGUGCGCGCCGAGCAGCGAGCAAGCCAAGGGCCACCUCCUGCUGGCAGCCGGGCUCCUUUUCCUCCUCUCGGGCGCUGUGGAGCUCAUCCCGCUUUGCUGGGUGGCCAACACCAUCAUCAGGGACUUCUACAACCCCGUGGUCAACGUGGCGCAGAAGCGGGAGCUGGGGGAGGCCCUCUACCUGGGAUGGGGGGCCACCUUCUGCCUCAUUGCCGCCGGAGCCACCUUCUGCUGCUUUUGCUGCUGCCAGGAGAAAACUCGGAGCUACAGCUACUCCUCGCCGCCCCACGGCCCCGCUCGUGACCAGUGCUGCCGAGGGAAGCCUGAAAGCUCCUACUCCAAAAGUCAGUACGUCUAG